GGUAGGUGAGCGAGGCGCCGGGCCGCGCCGAGCCGCUCCUUGCUCUGCUCGCUCCCGCGCUGCCGGUCAUGUCGCUGGGGAGCAGCCUCUCGCGUCUCCUGCGGACGCGAGCGCACGCCGUCCUGAAGAAGUCCGUUCACUCGGUGGCUGUGAUCGGGGCCCCGUUCUCGCAGGGACAGAAAAGAAAGGGUGUGGAAUAUGGUCCUGCUGCUAUAAGAGAAGCUGGCUUGAUGAAAAGACUCUCCAAUUUGGGCUGCCAGCUAAAAGAUUUUGGAGAUCUGAGUUUUACUCCAGUCCCUAAAGAUGAUCUCUACAACAACCUAAUAGUGAAUCCUCGCUCAGUGGGCCUUGCCAAUCAGGAACUGGCUGAAGUGGUUAGUAGAGCUGUGUCAAGUGGCUAUAGCUGUGUCACAAUGGGAGGAGACCACAGCCUGGCAAUUGGUACCAUUAGCGGCCACGCCCGGCACUGCCCGGACCUUUGUGUGAUCUGGGUUGAUGCCCAUGCUGACAUCAAUACACCCCUCACCACUUCAUCUGGAAAUCUCCAUGGACAGCCAGUUUCAUUUCUCCUCAGAGAACUACAGGACAAGGUACCACAACUCCCAGGAUUUUCCUGGAUCAAACCUUGUAUCUCUUCCCCAAAUAUCGUAUAUAUUGGUCUAAGAGAUGUGGACCCUCCUGAACAUUUUAUUUUAAAGAAUUAUGAUAUCCAGUAUUUUUCCAUGAGAGACAUAGAUCGACUUGGUAUUCAGAAGGUCAUGGAACAGACAUUUGAUCUGCUAAUUGGCAAAAGACAAAGGCCGAUCCAUCUGAGUUUUGAUAUUGAUGCAUUUGAUCCUACCCUGGCUCCGGCCACAGGAACUCCUGUGGUAGGAGGACUGACCUAUCGAGAAGGCAUGUAUAUUACUGAGGAAAUACACAAUACAGGGUUGCUGUCAGCACUGGAUCUUGUUGAAGUCAAUCCUCAGUUGGCUGCUUCAGAGGAAGAGGCCAAGGCUACAGCUGGCUUGGCAGUGGAUGUGAUUGCUUCAAGUUUUGGUCAGACAAGGGAGGGAGGGCACAUUGUUUAUGACCAUCUUCCUACUCCCAGUUCACCAGAUGAAUCAGAAAGUGAAGAACGUGUGAGAAUUUAGCAAAUUUUGUGUGCUGACAUGUUUCAUGAAGGACAUUCCAGAAUUAUGAGGCAACUGAGGAGAUAGAUACUAAUGGUCAUCUGGGUCAAUACUGCCUUAAUGAGAACAUUUGUGCACU